GACUAAAUCUCGCUGCUGAAAAAACAGGAGAUAAUUCUAACUUGGCUGCCUAUGCUUGGAGAGUCCACGUAGACUUCAUUUAGCAUACACAAUGGACAUAUCGAAGGCACCAAACCCACGCAAACUACAGCUCUGCCGCAUCUACUUUCUGACUGGCUUCGCUUUUCUGCCCUUCGUGUGGGCCGUAAAUGUUUGCUGGUUCUUUGAAGAGGCGUUUCGCAAGCCGCCAUACACCGAACAGACUCAAAUAAAGCGCUAUGUGAUAUACUCAGCUAUAGGGACGUUCAUCUGGACAAUUGCACUGAUCACCUGGGUUAUUCUAUUCCAAGCGAAUCGUGCGGCUUGGGGUGCCACCGCCGACUAUAUUAGCUUUAUCAUUCCAUUAGGGGUCCCAUGAUCUUGAGUCGAUUCUAAUUUAUGGUAUUAAAACUAACAAAUUGAUAUUAAACUAAAUAAAUGAAAACACAAUAUACAAGAUA